AUGGCGGCCGUCCUAAAGAACUCCAACACCCUCCUCAAAGCCCUAAACACCGGGUCAGGCACCUCCUUCGGCGCGUGGCAGAUGCUCCCGGGAACACAUCUUUCUCGAGCAAUUGCCAGAUCCGGCUAUGAUUGGAUAUGUAUAGACACAGAACACGGAAACAUUGCAGACAACGAGAUGCACGAGUCGGUGCAUGCCAUCGCGUCCGUCGGGGUGUCACCGAUCGUGCGAAUCCCCGCAAAUGAAGGUUGGAUGGUCAAGCGUGCACUUGACGCCGGUGCACAUGGGAUUAUUGUUCCACUGUUGUACAGCGUUGAGGAUGCGCAGAGACUAGUCCAGAGCGCCAAAUUCCCGCCGACUGGAAAGAGAGGGUUUGGCAGUCCGUUCUCCAUGGGCGCCUUCGACAUCAAGGGUGAUCUCUCGGGGUUCGAUUAUAUGAAGAAUGCCAACGAUCACCUUCUAACGAUUGUGCAAAUUGAGACGAAGGAGGCACUGGAUGUGGUUGAGAAAAUUGCACAGGUGCCUGGCAUCGACGUCCUCUUCAUUGGGCCCUGGGAUCUCGGCAAUAACAUCGGACAUCCAGUGACAGGCGAGUUCUCGCCCGAACUGCAGAGCGCAAUCGCCAGAAUCUUGAAAGCGGCACAAGAUGCAGGCAAGAAGUCGGGGAUAUACUGCCCCAACGGCGACUUUGCCAGAAGAUAUGCCGAUCAAGGCUUCCAAAUGAUUUCCGUGGUGAACGACAUGACCGCCAUUCCCGUGUAUUUCGCCGAGUCGUUAUCCAAGGCCAAGGGCUCGUAUGGCCAUGCUGCCGCACAAGCGGUGAAAGGAGCGGCAUACGGAGCUGCAAAUCUUGUGACAGGGCAACAAAAGGAAUAG